GGGCGCCGCCAGCCGGAGGGAGCGAGGGCAGCGACCGGGCCGUGAGGGAGGGACCCCCCGCCAUGAGCCGCCUCUGCCUCCCCGCCCUGCUCGGCGCCCUCCUGGCGCUGGCGGCGGCCGGACCCACCGAGUUCUUCCGGGAGGAGUUCGGGGAUGGAGACACCUGGAUGCGCCGGUGGGUGGAAUCGAAGCACAAACCCGAUUAUGGGAAGUUUGUCCUCACGGCCGGGAAGUUCUACGGAGAUGCUGAGAAGGACAAAGGGAUCCAGACGAGCCAGGACGCCCGGUUCUACGCCCUCUCCUCCCGCUUCGAGCCCUUCAGCAACCGGGACAAGACGCUGGUGGUUCAGUUCACAGUGAAGCACGAGCAGAACAUCGACUGUGGCGGGGGCUACGUCAAGCUCUUCCCAUCCAGCCUCAACCAGGAGGACAUGCACGGAGACUCUGAGUACAACAUCAUGUUCGGCCCUGACAUCUGCGGCCCUGGCACCAAGAAGGUUCAUGUCAUUUUCAACUACAAAGGGAAGAAUGUCCUGAUCAACAAGGACAUUCGCUGCAAGGACGAUGAGUUCACCCACCUGUACACGCUGGUGGUUCGUCCCGACAACACGUACGAGGUGAAGAUCGACAACGCGCGGGUGGAGUCGGGCAGCCUGGAGGAGGACUGGGACCUGCUGCCCCCCCGCAAGAUCAAGGACCCCGAUGCCCGCAAGCCUGACGACUGGGACGAGCGGGCCAAGAUUGAUGACCCCGAGGACACCAAGCCCGAGGACUGGGACAAGCCCGAGCACAUCCCGGAUCCCGAUGCCAAGAAGCCAGAGGAUUGGGAUGAGGAGAUGGAUGGGGAGUGGGAGCCCCCAGUCAUCCAGAACCCUGAGUACAAGGGCGAGUGGCGGCCCCGGCAGAUAGACAACCCUGACUACAAGGGGAAGUGGGUGCACCCCGAGAUCGACAACCCUGAGUACAGCCCUGACCCCCACCUCUACGCCUACGACAGCUUCGGGGUCAUCGGCCUCGACCUCUGGCAGGUCAAGUCUGGCACCAUCUUUGACAACUUCCUCAUCACGGAUGACGAGAAGCUGGCAGAGGACAUCGGGAACGAGACCUGGGGGGCCACCAAGGAGGCAGAGAGGAAGAUGAAGGAGCAGCAGGACGAGGAGCAGCGGAAGAAGCAGGAGGAGGAGGAGAAGCAGCAGAAGGAGGAUGAGGGGGACGAGGAGGGGGAUGAGGAGGAUGAUGAGGAUGAGGAGGAGCCCGAGGCUGAGCCCGGGGAGGCGGAGGCGGCCCCGCGGGACGAGCUGUGAGCGCGGCGCGGCCCGGCCCCAGCGGGGCCGUACUUGUCUCUGUGAGACCUGGACUCUUUUCUAUGGCCGGGGCUGGGGUCGGGCCGGGACCCGCGGCCAGGACUCAGGAAGGGGGCGG